AUGGCGCCAGGGAGGGUAGCUGGUAUCCAGCCUGCAGGGAGUUUCAGGAAGCGUGGCGAAGGGGUUUCUCCGAUCGAAUUCAAGAAUAAGAAUCUGAAACAGAGAAGGUGGCGGAGUAAUCAUCCGAACAUUUUUGUGGGUAGCGUUCAUGAAGGGCAAGGCUUCGCACUUCGAAGAAAAUUGAAGAUACAGCAAAGUUAUAAGAAAUUGCUGUGGAAGAAAAAAAAGGCUGAAACUUUACAGGAAUCCCAGUUUACAGAUCGAUACCCAGAUCAUCUGAAACAUCUCUAUUUAGCUGAAGAAGAAAGGCUCAGGAAGCAGAUUAGAAAAUCUCAUCAGCCUUUGCCAGAAGAACAAACUGACCAGCCUUUGCCAGAAGAACAAACUGACCAGCCUUUACCAAAGGAGCAAUGUAACAUUGACCAGCCUCAACCAGAAGAACAAUGUGGCAAAACAGUAAACUCCUUUGCUUUUCAAAAGAAAAAUAAAAGGAAAACAUCAAAUCAAAAAGCACAAGAAGAAUAUGCACAAGUACAAGCCAAGCGAGCUGCUAAGAAACAAGAAUUCGAAAGGAGAAAACAAGAGCAAGAAGAAGCUCAAAGACUCUACAAAAAGAAGAAAAUGGAAAUGUUCAAAAUAUUGAGCAAAAAGACUAAAAAGGGCCAGCCAAAUUUGAAUUUACAAAUGGAAUAUCUUCUUCAAAAAAUACAAAAUGGAAAUUAA